GCCAAACUAGAGAAUUGACGGCAGUAUUUGUGAAGUUUUUUUUUACAGUAUUAAUAUUGUUCCUGUUAUUUAUUUCACAAGAUUUUGUACCAAAAAUUACUUCAAGAUGACUCUAGCUGACACUCCAAAUGAGAUCCAGCUGGAUAAUAUGCAUACUGAUCUUAUAUCAAAUAUCACUUUUGGCUCAUCAUCAAAUCAGUUCCUGCUCACUUCAUCUUGGGAUUCAACUGUGCGAUUGUAUGAUGUUAGUAACAAUACAAUGAGACUAAAAUAUACUCAUGAAGCACCUGUUUUAGACUGCUGUUUUCAGGAUGCUGUGCGUUGUUGCAUUGGAGGUUUAGAUGGUAAUGUGAAAAUGUAUGAUUUAAACUCAGAUUCAGAAGCUAUAAUUGGUAAACAUAAUGCUGGUGUAAAAUGUAUUGAAUACUAUCCAGAGGGCAAUGUUGUUGUUACUGGAAGCUGGGACAAGCAAGUUAAGCUGUGGGACACAAGAUCAAAUACUUGUGCAAAUUCAUUUGAGCAGCCAGAUAAGGUUUACACAAUGGCUAUAUGUGAUGACAAAUUAAUUGUUGGUACUGCUGGUAGAAGAGUACUUGUGUGGGACUUAAAAAUGGGAUAUGCCCCACAGCGUAGAGAAUCAAGUCUCAAAUACCAAACUCGUUGCAUUAGAUGUUUCCCCAAUAAAACAGGCUAUGUGCUUAGCUCUAUUGAAGGACGUGUAGCUGUGGAGUACCUAGAUCCCAGUACAGAAGUUCAAAAAAAGAAGUACGCUUUCAAGUGUCAUCGCAUUAAAGAAAAUAAUGGUGUUGAAAUGAUUUAUCCAGUCAAUACAAUUGCAUUCCACAGUGGUUACAACACAUUUGCCACUGGUGGCUCCGAUGGUUUCGUGAACAUUUGGGAUGGCUUCAACAAAAAAAGGCUUUGCCAAUUUCAUCGCUAUCCAACACACAUUUCUUCAUUAGCAUUCAGUCCUGAUGGCACAGCACUGGCUAUUGCAUCUUCGUUCAUUUACGAAGCAGAAGCUGCUCCAGAUAACGCAACGCAUACCAUAUACAUCAAAACUGUCACAGAUCAAGAGACAAAGCCAAAAUAGUUAUCCAACCAUUAUUUUUAACAAGAAGCAAACAUACUACUAUAUUUAAAUGUGCAUGAAGCUUGGGAGUUCAUGCCGUAACCUGUUUUUCUUAUCAGGUUAUUUUAUACUGAUUAAAACGAUCAUGUUCUUAACAUUUGUUACGAGUACAAGAAAUAAGUUUUCGAUGUUUAUAAUGAGUUCAAGAAACAAGUUUUGUAGUCAUCUCAAUUUAUAAAUUUGUUUCUAAUUCAUAGUGGAUGGGGACAUCAUGCAGAUGACGCUUGAUUUUAUGAACCUUUAGUUUACAAGUUUUUUUUGAUUUUAUAUGCAACUUACUAGCACAGAAAAACCUUCUAUACAAACAAUAUAAUUUUCUAGUUGCUUUUGAAAUCUUUUUUUUUGAUGAACCCAACAUAAAACUUCAAGCAGCUCGUUCUUAAGAAUUCCAGCAAUGAAGACUAAGGGAAGGAAAUAAUUUUCAGUUUUAUUUGGCAUCUAACUUUUCCCAUCAUUGCUUUUAUUUUUGCAGAGGAACAGUUUCAAAACGGUUCAGUAGACUUUUGCUUUGUAUAAACUUUUGGAUGUCUUUUUAAAAGAAAAAUUACUUUUUAACAAAAUGGAACCUGUUUUUCGUUCAAAAUAUUGUAAGGAAAUAAAUUAAUGAUUAUUAUGGGAAGCAUGAAUGAAAGAUUGUAAAAAAAGUAAUUCAAUUGCAGAUACUAAUUUAGAUGCUGCGUGCAUUUGAUUUAUUGAAUACAGUGCCCGCCGCUUAUUAAAAUCACAUUCAUUCUGAGGAUAUUUGAUUUUAUAAUGCGGCUGAUUUUAUAAAACGGCAUGGCUACACUUUAAAAAAAAAGGGUUUUAAAGUUUAAAUGCUCAAAAGAAGAAAUAAAUUACGGUUGUUUAUAUUUUAUUUUUACUGUUGCAAAAUCAAUUGACAUUUUAACUUACAUAAUGUACAAUUUUUUAAAAACCCAAGGGUCUUAAAAUAUUGACGUAGCAACAGACAUUUUAGCAACAGAAUUUGAAAGUAAACAUUGAGAAGUCCCCAGUUUAAUUGCAGCAUCACGCUAUUUACAUUUAGGAAACUUAUCAUACUUAUGCAAAAUUUCAAAUUUACUUUUCACACUCAAAUGGUGACACUUAGCGUGCUUGAAAGCUAACAAUUUUAAUUUAAAAUGAAUGUAAAAAUGAACUGCCAACCUCUGUACAUAGCUGAAUGAGGACGAACUGAUUGAAACUCAGUGAGUUGGGCUGCAAGAUUAAAAAAGGUCACCAAGUGGAAACAGCCAGAAAAAAAAAAAAAAAAAGUACAGCCCGCACCUUGAGCUUUGUUUUUUCUUUCUUUUUUUGGUUAUGUGGAAUUUGUUAUCUCAUUAGUACUACACUGCUUUCAAAUCUUGAAAGAAAAAAUAAAAUCCUGGUUCUAUUCAGACAAGAAAGAUGAAAAACCAUCUUUUCCAUUUUUAACAUAUGCUUUCCAAAAGUUUGAUUUUAUAAAACAGCAUGGAUGAUUUUAUUGAAAGAUAAUCCUCACAUGCUUUAAUAUGGUAAUAAUUCUGUUCUUCUAGAUUUGAUUUUAAAAAGCAGCUGAAUUUAUAAUCCUGUAAUUUUAUUAGUAGCGGGCACUGUACAUGAUUCUUGUUUUCAGUGUAGCUUACUUGGAAAGUUUUUACAAACUUUUCUUGAGUCGAGCUCAAAAAUCAAGCGUCAACUGUGUUAUGAAGUGUCCUUUAAAACAAAAAGUGACCAACCAUGUUUAUGUCAGUAAAAUUCUUGUCUUCUUUUCAUUUUCAUUUAACAAAUGUAUAUUCUUGAAUAAAAGGCUCCUAGUUAUAAAAUGUUAUGGAUGCAAAGUUAAAGUUGAUACACCCACAAUCUAAAUAUAUAAAACUGGUAUGUGGGAAGCUA